AUGCUCGAUGAAAACUUACCAACUUUCUUCUUGAAGAACAAUUCCCAGUCUCCACAGCAGAGCACUAUCUACCAUCGUCAAUAUGGUAAUGAUCCCGAACCAACCUACACCCUCCGCCGUCUCGAUCCCGCAGACCCUUCGUCCGAAAACCAUUACGGCGUCGCCCUCUCCGACCCUUGGGUACCUGGAAUCGUCUACGGAGAGGUAUCUGUGAAGCCGGAAUGGACUCAACCGAGUCUUUCUGCAGAUGCCAUCCGUGCCAAUGGCGGUGUUGUACCGCCACCAGAGCCCAUCAUUCCCCCAGAGUUCACCGUUCAGCUCUACAAUCCUGACCAACAGGUCGUUGUGUACUACAAAGCGAAGACAUGGAACCGACCAGCUCACUGGGUAUUUGAGAUGCCACAGCGGACAUUUCGUUUACCCUCCGCUUCAACUCUCGACCGUACCCAGAGCGACCCCGCAACCGCGGACGUGACGCCCAAGCUGCGGUUCAGUUGGCGCAAGGAUGGGAAGCUGUCCAAAGAUCUCUCCUGUCUGCUCCACGGCAAAACGUCCACUAUGCCCGACACGAAGCACAAGAGCCGCGAGCCCGAUAUUACUGUCGCGAUUUUCCAGGGCCUAAAAGAGCUCACACUCUACGAGCCCAACUUAUACCGUGUGGAGAUGGAAGACUUCAAGGGUCUCGAAGUGGUCCUGCUGCUGGCGGCAGUGGCUAUCCGCGAUAUAUUUUUUGGAUCUGUCAAGGAAGUGUUCAACAUCAAAGCAGGGGGAGCAAGCACCGUCCCCGGCCGCAAGAGCCCGAAAGCGCAAACACAGGGAGCACCGCCAGCCACGGCAUUACCAGACGGCAAGCCGGCUCCUCGGAUCUCGAUUCCAAAUUCUCCAACCCCAGCACCUCAACCUCGGCCCCGACCGCGCCAGGACAAUGCCGCAGAAGAGGAAGCCCGCCGUACCCAAACCCUUCUGGAAAAAGAGAAGCGCGAGCGCGAGCAGGCCAAACGCCGCCGAGACCAAGAAAUCGAGCUCGAGACGAAGCGGCUGCAAGAGAUCUACGGCAAAGAAGAGCAGCAAGCCCGACUGCAGGCACCAGCCGCGUCGUCCCCUUCACGGCCGAACCUGCCUCCUCGACACAGCGGGCCUGCUCGUCCACAACCGCACCGCUACUCCCAGUCAUACUCCCUACAUGCCUCAGAGCCAGUCCACUCCCCCUGGCUACCAAUCACUGGCGUAGAUCCUCGGGCCCAGUCUACUGCGAACCUGCACCCUCCUCGGCCCAUGCCGCCUAGGCCUCAGUCGACGGUUGGUUUCUAUCAGAUCCCGACUAGCAGUGGGGCCCUUCUUCCUGGGCCGAGCCAAACGAGUCCUCCGCAAUUGAGUGCUCAGCAGAAGCUUCAGCCGAAGAAGAGCAGUUUCUUUGGAUUCCGGCGCAAUAAGGAGGAAGCUUCACCGGGUAAUAAGCUUGAUAAAAAGCGGAGUUCCAUGUUUUGA